AAAUGCUUAAUAUUGAAGUUUUCUUUUAUCACGUCUUCAUCAGUAGGAAAAAAUAAAGACUAUGUACGACAGAAUCGUAAAACAUAAGAACAAUAGAAAGUCAGUAUAAAAAACAUUAAAAAAAACGGAUUAUGAUGGUAAUACGCCACACUUAUAUUAAAUAUUUUGAAUGGAGAUUUACAUAGAUAGCGAUUCAACGCUAUGGAUAAACAUUUUUUUUCUAAUUUUCAUUGUGUUGUUACUUCGAAAAGAUAACAUACAUUGUAGGGAUGAUCGAUAUUUGAAAAACAUUGAUAUUGACAUUGAUGUCAUAAUCAAAAUUUGAUAUUCAUUAUAAACCGAAUAUUAAAUUUGGGUAACAUCGAUAAUUUUAGCACUGAUUAUUAACAACACAAUAAAAUACAGUAAUAUCGUUCGAAAUGUAUUAAGAAACAGAACAAAUUAUUGUAUAUUCAAUACUUUUUAUCAACUGACUGCAGGAAAAGUAAUUUUGAUAAAGAAGAACCUUUUAAUCUAUUUCUUUGUUGAUAAAGAGUAGAGCCAGCUUUUAAAAACAGUCUUUCGAAUGGCGUUAAUGUCGCGAUAGUACUCAAAUAGUGCGACUCACGCACAACUACACAAUAUAAAUUUUUACUAACAAACGAUAAAAUAUGUAAUUUGUUUCAUACGUUGCAUUGGUCGUACGUGAGGCCGUAUCUUCGAUGAUCGAUUCUGUUAACAUCGAUGUAAAUUUUUCAUACAGCAACAUCGAUGCUUUGCUUUCAACGUCAUGAUCAUCGAGUAUAUCUAACAUGAAUUUUAUUAUUUAAGUUUCGUGUAUAUAAGACCGGCGCCAACACUUAUAGCAAUUCAAUUAGUUCCCCUCUGCGAAAUAAAAUCAUUACCUAUGGCAUCAGCAUAUUUUAAAAUGAAAAUAAUAAGGCGUAAACGCCAGAGAACACAACUGGGAGAACAGUCAUCUAUAAUUAAUAUAAAAAAUAUAAGUAAAAAAAAUACGAAGAUUCAGAAAUGCAGGAUAUGUUUAAAUGAAGGUGAUAUACCAAUAUUCUCAUCGCAAGAAAAAAUAGACAUUUCACAAGCAAUUCGUACAUUUGGUGAUAUUGAUAUAAGUGAAUAUGACGAGUACCCUAAAUAUUUGUGUAAUUCUUGUAACUCCCUUUUACAAGGCGCCAUAUUAUUUCGAAAGUCGGCUAAAGAUUCCGAUAGUUUUCUUCGUCAUAUGUCCACGUAUUCCGAUUUACAAAUGCGUGGUGGAUCCUUGGAUACUGAAAAUGAAGUAGAACUGGAAAAUGAGCUUUCCCCGAAAGUUUAUAAAUGUAACACAUGUAAUUUAAAGUAUACUACAAAGGAGGCGUAUAUAUUACAUAAAAAUUCAAAGCAGCACAGAAAUAUACGAAUCCAGUGUUCAAUAUGUUUUAGACUAUUGACUGCUCAGUUGUACAGCAAACAUUUAGAACGACAUCAGUCAGCUUCACAUCUGGUAUGUGAUGUGUGUGGAAAACUUUAUCGCAAAGACAACUUAUUUAGACAUCUUCAGUUGCAUACUUUUGAUUUACCUUUCCAAUGUCAAAUUUGUCCAUACCGAGGGCGGUUUUUGGAGUCAUUGAAAAUACAUAUACGUACUCAUACAGGAGACAAGCCAUUUUCAUGUGAUAAAUGUGAGUUAAGAUUUUUGACAAGGAGCAAUUUAAACAGACACAUUUUGACUCAUAAAAAAGAAAGACCACAUAAAUGUAUUGAAUGUGGAAGAGGAUUUUAUACCAAGCGAGAUAUGGAUGUUCAUUUUAAGUCAGAUCAUGCUGGGAUUAAGGAUUUUGGAUGUAAAUUGUGUGGGAAUAAGUAUGGAACACGAAAGGCACUAAUGAGACAUGAGUUAAGAGUUCACAAAAGGGAUAAGAUGGCUAAAGGACGGAUGCCAUUGUAUUUACAAGCGGAAUAUAGGAAGUCUGCUGAAUCUUUGUAAUUAAAAUUCAUUUAAAUUGGGAAAAUAAUCUAGUCAAUUGAUAAUUUCAACUGUUAAUAUACUUUAUUAUACAGCAAAAAAUAUGCACUUUUACAUAAAUAGGUACCAAUAUGAUGGAUUGUAUAGAUAUAAUAAUAUAAAAAUCUAUAGUCAUUAUAUUCUUGAUAUUUGUUUCAUUUGUUGAAUACUUGUCCUUAUGAUAGCUAAAUUUAUAUGAUGGACUAGAGCAUCUCACUGUAAAUUACUUAUAACAGUAUUAGAACUUAUUUGUAUAGACUAGAAUGUUUCUUUUGAUUAAACAGCUUUGCAAAUUUUGCAAUUACAUAUUUAUAUUAAAAUAUUUAGAAUUUUAAUACUGUUUUUAUGAAAGUACAUUGCAUUUUUUAUUACUAUUAUUUAGAAUUUUAAACAUACAUCAACAAGCAUUUGAAUUAUAUAAUAUACAACACACAAAAGUUAAAUAAUUUUUGGUUAACAUGUAAAUCUCUACUGUACAAUGGAAGAUUCAGCUUGAUAGUAAUUUAUUGUAUAAACAUCUAAAUAAAGGCCACUUUAUCACUUCAGUUACAUAUACAUGGGAUGGAUUUUUUUAAUUUUGCACAAAUAAGUACAUGAAACAACAGAUAAAAAUGAAUAUAAGGGAAAUUUUAUGCUAUUGUAAUAAUAUAUAGCUAAAUUUAAUAUGCACCAAGUAAUUAUUACAUUUAAAUAAUUAAACUAAUAAGUUAUACACAGACUUAAAUUAUUAUAAUAUGAAAACAUUUUUCUAAAGUUUUGUGGGGUUACAAUAAAUAUUUUGAAUCAUUUAUGGGUGGGUAUCAAUCUCUAUAUUACUAUAAAAUUUGCAGAAAAACUGCAUGUCAAAAAUAUGUAUUCACAUACAAUUUUAAUAUACAUUUGUGCUACAACAUCUACAUACAAACACAGUGUAAAUGUUUAUAAACUUAAUAUCAGAAUUAAAGUUAUAAAAAAUUAUGAUAUCCUAUGCAUGUAUUUACAUUUAAUAUGUUAGAAUUUUUAAUAACAAGAUGAAUAUGAGGCCAGUCAAGGUACAUAAUCAUAAAAUAAGGAUUUCAAAAUUCUCAAUAGUCAUAAAGAGGUAUUUUGCCAUAUCUACUCAAUUAUUUGUUUAUCAGAUAUACUUAAAAGUUUUAACUUCUUCAUUUAAACCAAAUGACAAAUCAUUACUGCCCUUGGGAAUUGUUUUUUAAUUAAAGAAAAAUGUUGAUCAAGGAAUAUGAAACCAAAACAUUAGUUUGUUUAAAAUAAAUAAAAUUAUACAAAACUAA